UAUAAUUUGAUCUCAGAAACAAGGAGGGAACAGACUUUACUCUUUGUUUAUAUAGAAGACUUGGCGAAACACCCAAUUGUUUCGUCUUUGCUCCCAACAUUUUUCUCCUGUGCGAUCAUUUUUUUGCUGAAGAAAGCGUUUGACCAGGAAUUUCGUGUACAAAGACUUGAUCAGUUGGAGCUAAAAAUGGGAGAUAUUCGGUUCUUUGAGUUGAACACCGGCGCCAAAAUUCCGUCCGUCGGUUUGGGAACAUAUGCCGCCGAAUCUUCUCUCAUCGACUCCACCAUUAGCGCCGCCAUCAAGUUGGGAUAUCGCCAUAUUGAUUGUGCUCAAAUGUAUGGCAAUGAAAAGGAGAUUGGAUCAGCUUUGAAGAAGCUGUUUGAUGAUGGUGUGGUGAAACGUGAGGAGUUGUGGAUCACCUCAAAGCUCUGGUGUACUGAUCAUGAACCGGAAGAUGUACCAAAGGCGCUUGAUAAAACAUUACAAGACUUGCAACUUGAUUAUGUGGAUCUAUAUUUGAUCCACUGGCCGGUCAGCAUAAGAAAAUGGUCUGGUAGCUUUAGACCCGAAAACCUUACACAACCUAACAUUCCAAGUACUUGGAAAGCAAUGGAGGCACUCUAUGACUGCGGAAAGGCUCGGGCAAUCGGAGUUAGUAAUUUCUCUUCCAAGAAGCUCGGGGACUUGUUGGAAGUGGCUCGAGUUCCUCCGGCUGUUAAUCAAGUGGAAUGCCAUCUUACAUGGCAGCAGCCAAAGCUACAUGCGUUCUGUAAAUCAAAGGGUGUUCACCUAUCUGCGUAUUCGCCGUUGACCAGGACUCUAGUUUUUAAGCAUCCAAAUGUUGCUUCGAUAGCGGAGGAACUUGGAAAGACUCCUGCACAAGUGGCUCUUCGUUGGGGCCUGCAAAUGGGUCACAGCAUACUGCCUAAGAGUGCAAAUGAGGCUAGACUCAAGGAAAACAUUGACGUUUUUUAUUGGUCCAUACCGGAAAACUUGCUUCCUAGGCUUUCUGAAAUUGAGCAGGAAAAAAUGGUUAAAGGAAAAGAUUUUGUACACGAGACUCUAGGCGUGUACAGGACUCUUGAAGAUCUCUGGGAUGGCGAGGUGUGAGCAGAAACAGAAUGGGUUGUAAUAAGCUCCAGGCUUUUGCUUCAUUUGUCCUUUUUAAUCAUGGGUGAUAUCAGAACUAAUGAAAUAAUAUCAGUUUAAACUAAUGAAAUAAUAUCAGUUUAUUUAUUA